ACUAGGGAAUAGUUCCUCGCGGGAGAGUCCGGGAGCGCGCUGGCGACACUCGUGCACACACACACACACGCGCGCGCACACACACGCUGGCGCGCUGGCUUUUCACUACUGCAUCUCCUAACCGGCGGAGCGAAGCGACUGCAGGUUCUCCUAACCUCAGCAUCGUGGGGCCAAGCAGAGGCAUUGUCGUCCGGGAGAGCCCGGUGCCUGCGCUGCCGCCUCAGGUACCGACCCCCGCAGACCAUCGGCUGGAAUGCUGACUGAUCCCUCUGCAAACUUCUAAGACUGACAUCCUGAGGAACCCUACUGGAGAAUGCCGUCUGAAUGCUGCCUCAGUAUUCAGGAAAUGCUGACAGGCCAGAGGCUCUGUCACUCGGAAUCUCACAACGACAGCGUCCUAGCCGCACUGAACCAGCAGAGGAGUGAUGGCAUCCUCUGCGAUGUCACCCUGAUUGCCGGGGAGCAGAAAUUCCACGCGCACAAGGCGGUCCUGGCAGCAUGCAGCGACUAUUUCCGGGCAAUGUUCAGUCUUUGUAUGGUGGAAAGUGGAGCUGAUGAGGUGAAUUUACACGGAGUGACCAGCCUUGGUUUAAAGCAGGCUCUGGAGUUUGCAUACACAGGACAGAUUUUGUUGGAGCCAGGUGUGAUCCAGGAUGUGUUAGCAGCUGGCAGUCACCUACAGCUGUUGGAGCUUCUCAAUUUAUGUUCCCACUAUCUCAUCCAGGAAUUAAAUAGCUUUAAUUACUUGGAUCUGUACAGACUUGCUGACCUGUUUAACCUCACUUUGUUGGAGAAAGCAGUGAUCGAUUUCCUAGUGAAACAUCUCUCGGAGCUCCUGAAGAGCCGCCCUGAAGACGUCCUCACGCUCCCUUACUGCCUGCUGCAGGAGGUCCUGAAGAGCGACCGCUUGACCUCCCUGAGCGAGGAGCAGAUCUGGCAGCUGGCGGUGAGGUGGCUGGAGCACAACUGCCACUACCAGCACCUGGACGAGCUCCUGCAGUACAUUCGCUUCGGCCUGAUGGACGUGGACACUCUGCACACGGUCGCCCUGUCCCACCCGCUGGUCCGGGCGAGCGAGGCGGCGACGGCGCUGGUCAACGAGGCCCUGGAGUACCACCAGAGCCUCUACGCGCAGCCGGUCUGGCAGACCUGCAGGACCAAGCCGCGCUUCCAGUCCGACACCCUGUACAUCAUUGGCGGGAAGAAGCGCGAGGUCUGCAAAGUCCGGGAGCUGCGCUACUUCAACCCGGUGGACCAGGAGAGCGCGCUGAUCGCCGCCAUCGCCAACUGGAGCGAGCUGGCGCCCAUGCCCGUGGGGAGGAGCCACCACUGCGUGGCGGUCAUGGGCGACUUUCUGUUUGUGGCCGGGGGGGAGGUUGAGCACGCCAGCGGCCGGACGUGUGCCGUGAGGACGGCCUGUCGCUACGACCCGCGCAGUAACUCCUGGGCCGAGAUAGCGCCAAUGAAGAACUGCCGGGAGCACUUUGUGCUGGGCGCCAUGGAGGAGUUCCUGUACGCCGUAGGGGGCAGGAACGAGCUGCGCCAGGUCCUGCCCACUGUGGAGCGGUACUGCCCCAAGAAGAACAAGUGGACUUUCGUGCAGUCCUUUGACCGAUCUCUGUCCUGUCACGCCGGCUACGUGGCUGACGGUCUUCUUUGGAUAUCAGGUGGAGUAACUAACACAGCACAGUACCAGAACAGACUUAUGGUGUAUGAACCUAACCAGAAUAAGUGGAUAAGCCGCAGCCCCAUGCUGCAGAGAAGGGUCUACCACUCCAUGGCCGCUGUGCAGAGGAAGCUGUACGUCCUCGGUGGCAAUGACCUUGACUACAAUAAUGACCGGGUGCUGGUGCGCCACAUCGACUCUUAUAACAUAGACACCGACCAGUGGACGCGCUGUGACUUCAACCUGUUGACUGGCCAAAAUGAAUCUGGAGUUGCUGUCCAUAAUGGGAGAAUAUAUUUAGUUGGUGGAUAUUCAAUUUGGACAAAUGAGCCUCUGGCUUGUAUCCAGGUACUGGAUGUAAGUAAAGAAGGCAAAGAAGAAGUGUUCUACGGGCCUACCCUCCCUUUUGCUUCCAAUGGAAUAGCAGCAUGCUUUCUCCCAGCGCCAUAUUUCACAUGCCCUAACCUUCAGACUCUUCAAGUGCCUCAUCACAGAAUUGGCACUAUAUGAAACGCCAAUGCUCUGUCAACAACUAUCAUGGACAGGAGGAAAAACAAAGCCUUGACUUUUGGAUACUGGGCAUGAGAAGACUCAGUUGUCAAUGCUUUCUUGUCUUGUUUUACAGAUUACAGUCAGAUAAAUAUUAGCAAAAAAUGAACAAUUUUCUAAAAUACAUUAUUGAAAACUCUUGUCACCUUCUCAUUGUUUGUCAGCACACAUUAUGUAUGACUUUUAUCGUGGUCUAACUUGGUGCCAGCUUAAUGGCACAUUGUCAUUCUACUGGUCUUUAGAGCAUUCUGUGUAUGCCUUUUCCAAUCAGCACUGUCUACGACUUUACACUUGUUAGUAAAGCAAUUUAUUUCACACAGUGGCAUCAAUGACCUUAAAAACAAAAGACAAAACUCUGUACUUAAUCCUUUUACUAAAAACUAGACUUUGUAAUUUUUUUUUUUUUGGAGACAAUGUCUCACUUUGUCACCCUUGGUAGAGUGCUGUGGCAUUACAGCUCACAGCAACCUCAAACUCUUGGGCUUAAGUGUUCUCUUGCCUCAGCCUCCAAGUAGCUGGGACUACAGGCACCUGCCACAACGCCUGGCUAUUUUUGUUGUUGUUGUUUAGCAGGGCUGGGCCGGGUUCAAACCCACCAGCCCCAGUGUAUGUGGCCGGCACCCUAACCACUGAGCUACUGGCACUGAGCCUGUAAUUUUACUUUCUAAAAUUUAACAUUAUGCAGCCCUUCUCAGAAGACUCAGCAUUAUGACAUCAUGAAUUUUUAAAUGGUUAUUUUAUUCAAGGUGAUACAAAUAAUAUAAGUACAUUGGAACAGCAGUAGGCACACCUAGACAUUUUUACUAUGGUACUCUGGUCUUGGGUCAUAACCUAACUUUACAAUUCUUUAAUUUCCCUACCUUUUAACAAGAGUAUUACUGAUUUCCAUAUUAAUUCAAAAGAACAUUGUGAUGAUGUGGCAAGUAUUUUGAAGUACUGUACCUAAGGAAAAAAAAAACAUUACUCAAAGUACACUGUCUUUGGAAGUUCUAAAUGAAUAGGAAGGUUAUUCUUGAAGUUUAAAAAUUACUAGAAUUUAGAAAACAUGCUAUGGGGUAAAUCUGAAAAUGUGCAAGACAUACAUACACACUAAUUAGGAAAUAGGGAGUUAACCAAAACCAAAGAUACCUAAACUUAUACAAAUCCUUGUUGCAAAUAAUAACACAAAUGUCUCAUUUAAAGUCAUUUAAUGAAUGACAUUUUAAAGCUUAAAAAAAUUCAGUUGUACUAAUUAUGGUACCGUAAAGUGCUUUGACAUAAAUUCGAACCUAGAAUUGGCAGUUCUAAUAAAAAUUUUUCUACUUUGUUAAAGGUUAUGUCAAUCUUGAGUGCAUGUGGGAUUCUUCACCACCACAACCAAUACGUAUUUUAUUACUACCACUUUUAAUAAUGCAUAAGAAUCCUUUUUUAGAUAGGUUUUUGGGUUUGCUUUGUCUUUAACAAAAAUAAAUAAGUUAAUAAUCACAUUUGAAUAUAAAUUCCACAAGUCUAACAGGAGUUUUUCUUUCCUAAUGUUGCCAGGACCUAUAGUUUAAUUAUUCAGCACUCCCACUCUUAUAGCAAAUUGUCAUUUUAUUCAUGCAACCAUUUUUAGUAAUCAAAAGUGAAUCAAAAAGAACAU